AUGGCUUCAUCUCGUUUAUUUAAUAAUAUUGGAAGAAUUGGUAUUGGUUUAGGUAUUGGUAGUGGUGUGAUUAAUUCUAUGCUUUAUAAUGUUGAUGGUGGUCAUCGAGAUGUUAUUUUUGACCGUUUUCAAGGUGUUAAACUAGAUGUUAUUGAAGAAGGAACUCAUUUUAUGAUUUCAUGGCUUCAUAGACCAAUUAUAUUUGAUAUCCGUACACGACCACGAUCUCUUCCAUCAAUAACAGAAAUAAAAGAUUUACAAACAAUUAAUAUAACAUUACGUAUUCUUUAUCGACCAAGAGCUGAAAUUUUACCAAAAAUUUUUUGCAAAUUUGGUUUUAAAGUCUGUUGUACUAAGUCUCAAUUUGAUGCUAUUGAAUUGAUUACACAACGCACACUUAUUUCUCAACGUACACAUUUAAGUUUUAGACCUGAAUUUACAAGUGCUGUUGAAUUAAAACAACGAUUUUUAGUCGAAAAAACUGAACAAAGUCGUCAAGCAAAUGUUAUUGCAGCAGAAGGUGAUGCUCGUGCAGCUGAUUUGAUUGGCAAAGCUUUAGAUGAAGUUGGUGAUGGUUUGAUCGAACUACGACAAAUUGAAGCCGCUGAAGGUAUUGCAAAUCAAUUAUCAAAAUCAAGAAAUAUCGUCUAUUUACCACAUGGCCCUCAAAUGUUACUUAACAUUACUGGUGCUAUGCACUAA